GUCGCGAGUGCGGUGUAGGUGGGGCGUGGUCGUCGCCGUUGGUGGUGUAUUGACACUUAGCUCGCUGUGCAUCGGGUGAUCAUUAUUUCUGUGCAGCGAUUUGAUCGUUGAACCGCCACUGAGCAGGACGCCAGCCAGCGCCACGGCUCUGCGUUGUCUUACGUGCUGAGAAAACCACCGUGAAGGUGGGCGUAGGAACUGUGACGGAUUUGAAUUCUGCGGUGAAAUGGCCGACUCAGUGGCCGGGUACGCGGAUUACGGCCGCCAUAUGUCCGUUCACUCGUCGAUGGAAUACGGCGAGGCGUCGAGUGAUGACCUGAGUUCCGAGUGGGAGGCCGACGUCGAGGUCGAGGAGACACCCAGGAAGUCGUCCCAGUGGCGGAAGGUGAAGGGGGUCGUCCAGUGGACGCCGUUCGUGCAGACCUACAAGAAGCAGAAGUACCUCUGGGUGCAAUUAGCCGGUCACCAAGGGAACUUCAAAGCUGGCAAGGACGGCACUAUUCAGAAGCGGCUAUGUGGCAGGGAACUGGAGUGCCUGAAGCUGCUGAUGACUGACUGCCUGCGGCCCUACGUACCCGAGUACCGGGGAGAGACGGUGGCGGAGGACGGACAGCACUUCCUGCAGCUGCAGGACCUACUUGGCGAGUUUGUCGAGCCGUGCGUCAUGGACUGCAAGAUCGGCGUGCGCACCUACCUCGAGGACGAGCUGGCGAAGGCCAAGGAGAACCCCAAGCUGAGGAAGGACAUGUACGAGAAGAUGAUGGCGAUUGAUAAGGGCGCUCCGACCGAGGAGGAGCAUCGUCUCAAGGCCGUCACCAAGCCCAGGUACAUGGUCUGGCGUGAGACUAUCUCGUCCACUGCAAACCUGGGCUUCCGCAUCGAGGGCAUUCGCAAGAGCCAGGGCUUCUCCAGCAAAGACUUCAAGACUACGCGCUCCAAGGACCAGAUCAAGGACGCCAUUGUCAUGUUCACUGACGGAUAUCCGAAGGCGGUGCCUCAGUAUCUCGAGCGUCUCAAGGAGAUCCAGUCGGCACUGGAGAACUCCAGCUUCUUUAAAGCUCACGAGUUCAUCGGCUCGUCGCUGCUGUUCGUCCAUGACGCGAACCACGCUAGCGUCUGGCUAAUCGAUUUCGCCAAGACGACUCCGCUGCCGGCCGGCGUCAGCAUCGACCACCGGAGCGCCUGGCAGCCGGGCAACCACGAGGACGGCUACCUCAUCGGCGCCGGCAACCUGGCCGACAUCCUCUCCGAGAUGGCGGCCGCCCGGAUUGCGACGUAGGACGCGUUGGCCUGGCGUCCGGUCCAGGGGCCGCUGCCGGACGGCGGCGAGGUUCCGCCGAUGGCCGCCAGGGGCGCCAGUGGCGACGCGGCCGGUGGGGACGACGGCAGGCCGGGCUGGAGUGGGAACUGCGCGGGACCGGCGAGAUGGCCAGCAGGGUCGCAAGCCGAGCCGGUGGCGAGUGCUCCGGCCGCGGCGCGCGGUGUGCCGCUGAGGUCUGUGCGGAAGGACCGGGUCUCUGGAAGCGUGCCGGACCGCGCCGGGUCGACCCCCCCCCGCCCCCUGUGACCUCCGAGCCGACCGCUGCCGACGGCGAGGUCGACAGACGGCCGCCUGCUGUGGCGCCCGUCCCGACGCCGCGGUUGCGCCCCGCGCCGACGCCGGCCAACGGUGUCAGAGUCAUGAGUCAGAGUCAGGACACAGAGGAGUCAGCCACACCAUGUGCGGAGCUAAUAUCCGGCCCGUGACGCGGAAGGGUCGGUAGUGCCUGCUAGUGAGACGAGUGCCACGAUUUGUACGCACGCCCCAGACAGCGCAGCCUGGGUGGUUCGGACAGAGUUUUAUGCGUUAUUUUUCCAACUCGGCUGUGGAUGUUGUUUUAGGGCAAGACCCAAUGACAGCAACGCGCUACCCACGGCGCGGGCUAUGUAAGAAAUUGCGAGUUACAGGUGCCUAUCAUUACUAAGUGAGACGUGGUGUGCAGCUGCCUGGACGACGUGCCUUAUUGUCAUGAUCGAGCCCUCGCACACGAAGGUGCCUCGCUUUAGUACAGUGCUGUGCGCUGCCCGAGAUUCCAGACGGAAGUUUUACCUCUAUUUGACCGCGUGUGAGACCUGCUAACGUACAAACGUGCGGACUAGCCUAUCGCCCCCUGGCCGCCAGCAGGCCGCUGCUGGACAGGCUCGGCGCCCACUACGGCGCACCUGUGUUGUAACCACUUGACGAAACGCUUGAACUAUGUUGUAUAGCCUUCCGCGAAUCAAAUAAAACGCGUACGAGAG